AUGUGGGGCUAUAUGGCCGGAGGGUCGAGUGUGUCCAUCCCAGGUACAUCCGGACUAUAUGGCCGGAGGGUCGAGUGUGUCCACCCCAGGUACAUCCGGACUAUAUGGCAGGAGGGUCGAGUGUGUCCAUCCCAGGUACAUCCGGACUAUAUGGCCGGAGGGUCGAGUGUGUCCAUCCCAGGUACAUCCGGACUAUAUGGCCGGAGGGUCGAGUGUGUCCACCCCAGGUACAUCCGGACUAUAUGGCCGGAGGGUCGAGUGUGUCCAUCCCAGGUACAUCCGGACUAUAUGGCCGGAGGGUCGAGUGUGUGCACCCCAGGUACAUCCGGACUAUAUGGCCGGAGGGUCGAGUGUGUCCACCCCAGGUACAUCCGGACUAUAUGGCCGGAGGGUCGAGUGUGUCCACCCCAGGUGGUACGUCAUCUGGGCCAGAGCCGCGCGGGACAGGUGAAGGUGGUGCAGGGACAGCGCCUGACAGGAGAGUCACCUAUUUACUUCAUCCGUCUACCUCCGUCAUCGUACUACUUCUCUCACAACACCUUCACCUCCGCCGCCACACAUCCCCUCCACAAGGUGUAUGUAGAAUUUGUUAACAACGGGAAACCUCAGAAGGUUUAUCACUGGAACCUCCCUCUCACCUCCCACAACCAGAGUCCUCCACCGUCACAACCUCCACCACAACCGCCAUCACCUCCACACCACACCACCUCUACUAUAGAACGGUUGAAGUUGUUAUCAACCAAUGGUCCUGAGAAACCUGCCCCGAUGCUGCAGGUAUCGUCCACGCCGCCACCACAGUUAACCACAGUGGCACCAAGACCCUCAACCACAACACCACACCCACCUCCGCCAACCACCGUGGCGGUAAAGUCCUCCAAGCUGCCUUGGUUCAUGCUGAAGAAGAAUUACGUGUACAACGGCAGGCCUUCUCAAGUGUACAUAUGGAAGGGGAACACUCUUGUGUCCACUGAGAAGUUUCAGCACGCCAGGGCGCCUCUAGGCCCACUGUAA